GGCAGCGGGGCUGUGGGUCGUCCCAACGUGUUCCGCAGCUGCACGGGGAAAGACAGAAUUAUCGUUUAGAGGAACCCUGCCUGCCUGUGUGGGGAUAGGGCUUAGGAAAGCUAAAGCUCACCCAGUGUGCAAACUGGCGAGGAGGUCCAGGGGUGACAAGAAGCUUUUUCACCCCUGUGAGAGGAGAAGGUCCCUUAUUAAGGGAGGUGUGGGCCGGCCCUGAGGUUUGAUCAACCUCACUAGAGUUUAGCACAUGAGCCUGAGCUAGGACCUUGAAUCUUCUCAGCCAACUCCCUUGUGCAAAGAUUGCUCAACUCAGUAAGGGCUGGCUCUGUAAAUCAGCCCCUCAGAAAUGAGAUGACGAGAAGGCAGGAUCCUGGCACUGGCGCUUCCGGGACUGUUCCCCAUCGGGGAGCAAGUCGCAUAAACAACUGCUGUGCCCCCACUGCGUGCCUCUGUUCUGAAGAGGAUGUCUUCAAUGCGCCUAUUGAUUUCUGUCUCUGACAGAGCUGGCUGAAGCAUGUGAGAUUUUCUGGCUUUGAGAGCUAUUUACGAAAAGUACAUAUUGAUUGGAUCCUUUGGGGACAGGUUGGUGGGAUUCGUUCACUACCAUUAGCUUCCUCAACGUAACCAAGCUUGAAUGAGUCAAUGAUUUUCUCUGAAAAACGUCUUUAGAAUAAGGUACUUGGAGAACUUGUUGCCAGCAAAAGUGGUAACAGUCUUUUGAACAAAUGAGCUUUUCUGGGAGAUUAAAAAUACUGACUGGCAAGGUAGUGAUUUUUAUUCCAAACUGAGCAGAAAUGAAAACAUUGGACUCUUUCAACAGUUGUUCUCUUAAGUGCUACAGUAUCUACCGGAAUAUGCAGUUGCUGCUGUGUCAAACCUGCAUUUGUGGGCACCAUGGCACUUCCAAUUACUUCCUAUCAGUGGGAGAACUUAAAGGCAGCAACCAUUAGUAGAAGGCUCUGCAAACUGAGCAGUGCCAUCGCUUACGCUGAGCAGAGUGCCGUGGCUUCGGUUGCCCCCUGGGUGAAGUCUGAACAAAGGGACCUGGAGCAAAAAGAAAGAGGAAUAUGGAAUGCUUGUGGCAUAUGCUGCAAAUCAGUGUCCAUUGUGCUUUUUGGUUGGCACCAGGAGAUGUGCUGUGUUGGGUGCACUAAACCCACUAUGUGCAGUCAUUAGUGCUAACCAAUGAGCACCUGGAGCAGUGCUCACUCCAGUUCAUCAGCUCUCCUCCAGUCCAGCGCUGAGUUUAAUAAAGGUUAAGAAAAUAAAGAAGGUGGAGAUACGGCACUGCCCCAUCUCAGUGUAUGUCAGUGUGAGUCUCAGCGGUUAGGUGAGUCCAUUGAAGAUCAUCCAGUGUUGUAGUAGACCCUGCUGUGACCUGAGUGACCCUGACCCUGAUAACCUCAGUGACUUUGUCAUCCUCCCACAGCACCUCAUGAAUUCCUGCAGGGGAGAGCUGCAGUAUGGGACUGUGUCAGGUGCAAAAUUAUUUUCCUUUGUUACCACCCAAAGCAUGUUAUCAUGUACUCCUCAUAGCCUGCAAAGCCAAAUCUACAUAUCAUAUUCAAAUAAGCUGUGCAGGUUCGUGGACCUAAGCACAUGGCUGCACCAAAGGGCUCAAUCGAGCAAGGGAUGUGCCUUCUCACACCAGCAGCUUCCAUAACCCAGGAGAGUGGGGCAGAGCUGCUGGCUGUGUGUGAGUGAUGCAGGGACCCAUCCUGCAGGCGUAAGAAAUAUUAAACAGGAGGAUUAAAGCUUUUUGAAGGUAGAAUAGGUUUUGCUUUCAUAAUAUUUUUCUUUUCAGCCUCCCCAUGAGUUGGCACAGUUUAAUGUGUUACAAAGCACUCUUUAUUUUCCCUUGCUCAGAACAUCUCUAAUUAAUUCUUGGCAGGACUGUCUAACUCUGCAUGUAGAUAGAAAGAAACUCCAGCAAAGCUGGGUCCUCCUGCAAGGCCGCUCACUUGGGUCUUUCCAUUCCAGGCCUUUGACUGAGCAGGAACGCUUCCCUUGCAUAAUCUUCAUAUGGCAGACAAGUGGAUGUGGUAUAGCAAAAGCACCAAGUGCCAGGUGCCACAAACACAGUAGGGAAAUGCAGCAAUCAGUGGUCUCUAGAAUCACAAUGGAUAAAUUAUUUUUGUAGACUCAGACUGAAGGCAACUGAAAGCCUCCAGCUGACAGGGAGCAAGGGAGCUUGUUUCCAUUUACCUUACUCUCUGAAGGCUGCAGUACACUCACCGUCAUCAGGGACCUGUUUCUUUGUUUUAUGCAAACUAAUUUACUCCAGUGGGCACUUGGUGCAUAUGUACAUUUUAAGUUCUGGAUUUUAAGGAUUCUGAGAAGAUGUCAAGUGUUUAAUGUUUUUUGUGCCUCAGCUAAAGAAGGAAUUCAGUAACCUCUUCAUAAUUUGCACAAAUAACAUUUCUAAAAAUUUGUUUUUCUGAAGAGAGGGAAAGAAAUUAAGAUGGUCAGGAGAAGUAGUAAUAAACUGAGCUUGAUCCUGGAUUUUCUUCAUCUGUUUUCAAAAUAUGCGAGUGUUAUUGCUAAAGUUGAUUCAGAGAUCUUUUUUUGUGCACAAUGUUGAAAUAUAAUGCAAAUACGAGCAAUUAAAAUAACUACAUGAAGGAGACAAAAUCAGAUUGGUGUACUAACUUGGUGACGUUUCUCUCCUUUCCCCCCACCCUUCCUUAAACAGUGCUGCUAUUUUUACAGCACUAGAAAUCCUUUUAGAUUUUUGUGGCUGACUCAGAACUACAGACCUUUGCUAUUGAAAGAAGAAAAGGGGAGGAGAAUAGAGAUUAUUUUUCAGGAACACAAACAGCUACUGGCAGAAAAGAUGAAAUGUAUUGGCUUCCUUUUCUUCUGUAUGCUGAUGAACAUAAGAACAGACGCCCGAUCAAUCCUGGAAGGAGAUGAUCGAGAACCUGUGGCCAUGCCAUACUGGCCCUUCUCCUCUAGCGACUUCUGGUCCUAUGUGGAGUACUUCCGGUCACUGGGAGCCUACAACAGGAUUGCCGAGCUGGCCAGGACCUUGUUUGCACAGCUGCCAGCAGGCAGCCACCUUGGCCUGCACCUGCCCGCAUGCGAGGACUGAGCGCUGCCCUCCAUCAUGCUGGGACAUCUCGUGGCUGCCGGUGAGCAGCCCCUUCAGCUGCUCACGGCCUUGUGAAUGGGCCUGUGCAGUGCUACAUGCUUUGGAAAGCCGGAGAUAAAUUAGCCUUUUCUUUUUGCAAGCUGUGCUUUUCUGCUAAAUCAAUAAACUCCUUGAUCAUAUGGUGAAGUUUGGGUUCCCAUGAUGUUAUCAUGCAGUUGGGCUUGUCUCAGG